AUGCCUUUUCUAACAGGAUACAAUAUCAGUCUCGGCACCAUCUACUUAACAGCAGUAGAACUUCAAACUGGAAACAGAUAUGUUAUUUUUGAUUCAGACACUUGGUGCUACAACAAAGUGCUCUCACAUUGUGAAUUCGAGGGAAAUGGAAGUUAUAACACAUGGUCACAUUUGAUACCAGUGUUCCCUGACAGCGCUCCCGGAGCUCAAUUAUUAGAAUGGACAUUUGAACAAAAUGGUCAAACGGAGGCUUGCGUAAUGUUUAUGGUUAUAGUUAACGAACAAUUUGAUAGAGUUUGCUAA